AUGAGCGUGCUGCCAGCAGAGGUGCACUCUGCCCUUGUGCAGUUACUACAAGGCCUACAAUCGACCGACAAUACCGUCCGCGCCUCGUCAGAAGAGCAGCUCAAUACAGGAUGGGUGAACAAGCAGCCGGGGAUGCUCCUCAUGGGGCUGGCGGAACAGAUGCAGGGUUCGCAGGAUGAUGGCACACGAUCAUUCUCGGCUGUAUUGUUCCGACGGAUAUCCACGCGAACGGCCAAGGAUCAGGCGGGACAGCAGAAGGAGAUCUUCCUGCAGUUGAACGCUGCUCAGCGUAGCGAGAUCCGAACGAAGCUCUUAUACUGCCUCACCAACGAGCAGCAGUCAUUCGUACGGAAUAAAGUCGCCGACGCCAUCGCCGAGGUCGCGCGACAGUACGCGGACGAGCAAGUGCUGGGUGAGGAUGGAUCACGAGACACGUGGCCGGAGCUGCUGAACGCGUUGUUCCAAGCAAGUCAGUCCCUAGAUGCAAAAGUGCGUGAGUCGGCAUUCAGGAUAUUGGAGACGACACCGGGUAUCAUCGAGAAACAGCAUGAGGAUAUUGUGCUCAGUGUCUUUCAGCGAGGCAUCAAGGAUGAUUCUGUGGAUGUGCGCUUGGCGACGAUGGCUGCCUUUUCGGCUUUCUUCGUGUCGUUGCAGAAGAAGUCGCAGCAAAAGUACUAUGCGCUUAUCCCGGACGUGUUGAACACUGUCUUGCCGUUGAAGGAGUCACAGGAUUCGGAUCAGCUCAGUAAAGCUCUCAUUACUGUUAUUGAGCUGGCCGAGGCGGCGUCGAAGAUGUUCAAGAAUGUCUUUAGUGAUUUAGUCACGCUCUGUAUCAGCAUCAUACAGGACAAGGAGUUGGAAGACCAAGCGAGGCAGAAUGCUCUGGAGUUGAUGGCCACGUUCGCCGACUACAACCCGACUAUGUGCAAGAAGGAGCCCAAGUACACGACCGAGAUGGUGACACAAUGUCUGUCGCUGAUGACGGAUGUUGGUGCCGAGGACGAUGAUGCGUCAGAGUGGAACGGCCAGGACGAUGCAGACUUCGACGAGAGCGACUCGAACCAUGUUGCUGGCGAGCAGACCAUGGAUCGACUGGCGAACAAGCUCGGUGGCGCCAUAAUAUUACCACCGACCUUUAACUGGCUACCUCGAAUGAUUACAUCCGGAUCGUGGAAGGACCGACAUGCAGCACUCAUGGCCAUAUCAGCGAUAUCCGAGGGCUGCCGAGAGCUGAUGGAGGGUGAGCUUGAUAAGGUGCUAGACCUUGUCUUGCCGGCGCUACGAGAUGCACACCCUCGAGUCAGGUGGGCCGGCUGCAACGCUCUUGGUCAGAUGAGCACGGAUUUCAAGGGCACCAUGCAGGCGAAGUACCAUCAAGUUGUCUUGCCAGCACUGAUCCCAGUGUUGGCUGCGUCUGAGCCGCGGGUACAGUCACAUGCCGCCGCGGCGCUCGUCAAUUUCUGUGAAGAGGCGGAGAAAGAGAUCCUGGAGCCGUAUCUCGACACAUUACUGGAGAACUUGAUGCAAUUGCUGCAAAGUCCGAAGCGCUUUGUGCAAGAGCAGGCAUUGUCAACUAUUGCCACGGUGGCAGACUCGGCGGAAAGCACUUUCGGUAAAUGGUAUGGUCAGCUCAUGCCGCUCCUGUUCAAUGUCUUGCAGCAGCCGAAUGAGCGAGAAUUGCGAUUACUCCGUGCUAAGGCCAUGGAGUGCGCCACUCUGAUUGCGCUGGCAGUCGGCAAAGAUCGCAUGGGCCAAGACGCCAUCACGCUGGUCAACGUCCUCGGCAACGUCCAAGCUGGCAUUGUCGACGAGGACGAUCCGCAAGAGAGCUAUUUGCUGCACUGCUGGGGCCGAAUGUGCAGAGUACUUGGGCAGGACUUCGUACCAUACUUACAGGCUGUCAUGCCACCCCUACUUAAGCUCGCGGAAGCUAAAGCUGACAUUCAGUUGCUCGAGGAUGACGAAAAUGUGGCUCAAAUACAGGAGGAAGAAGGAUGGGAACUUGUGCCCCUCAAGGGCAAGUAUAUCGGAAUCAAGACUAGCACGCUGGACGACAAAUUCAUGGCCGUUGAGCUCAUCACAGUUUAUGCGCAAAAUCUCGAGCAAGGCUUUGCGCCGUAUGUGAUGGAAAUCAUGGAGAAAGUCGCGAUUCCCGGUCUGGCGUUCUUCUUCCACGACCCGGUACGAGUAGCAUCGGCGAAGGCUGUGCCACAGCUUCUGAACUCGUACAAGGUCGCUUACGGCGUUCAGUCGGAUCAAUAUCAGACCCUGUGGAAGGGGACUAUCGUGAAGAUCCUAGAAGUCCUUGAGACCGAACCGGCUAUCGAAACACUCGCGGAAAUGUAUCAAUGCUUCUACGAGUCUGUCGAGGUGUCUGGCAAAGACUGCCUAUCAAACGGGAACAUGGGCCUGUUCAUCACAUCUGCGGAAACCGUGCUCAAGGACUUCCAGACGAGGUUCAAGGAGCGCUCAGAGGAAGCUGCGGAGCGGGAGGAUGGCGAGGAAGCGGAUGAAGAGACACAGUUCGCUAUCGAGGACGACCAGACUCUACUUUCCGACAUGAACAAAGCUUUCCACACCGUCUUCAAGCACCAGGGUCAAUCUUUUCUGCCGCACUGGGAGCGGUUACUGAAUUACUACGACCUCUUCGUCUCGAAUCCGACAGAUGAGACACAAAGGCAAUGGGCCCUCUGUAUCCUCGACGAUGUCCUCGAAUUCUGCGGUCCGGCAUCCUGGCACUAUCAAGCCCAUAUCGUGCAGCCCCUGCUCUCCGGCCUCCGGGACUCGGCACCAGCCAAUCGUCAAGCGGCAUGCUAUGGUGUCGGUGUAGCUGCACAUAAGGGUGGCGAUGCAUGGGCAGAUUUCGCUGCAGGGUGUCUGCCUAUGCUAUUUGAAGUCACGCGGAGACCAGGCGCGAGGAGCGAUGACGACGCUUUCGCUACUGAGAAUGCUUGUGCGAGUAUCGCUAAGGUAUUACACUUCAAUGCGGGUAAGGUUGGAGAUUGGCAGGGAGUUGUUGCGGGUUGGGUGGAUACACUGCCUGUUGUCAAUGACGAAGAGGCUGCGCCCUAUGCUUAUUCCUUCCUGGCGGAGUUGAUCGAGAGUGAGAAUCCGGCAGUGAUGUCCCAAGCGGCGCGCUGCUUCACGUUCGUCGCACAGGCUCUGGAGGCGGAGACAUUGCAAGGCAACAUGGCACAGAGGAUCGUGCAGGCGGCACACAAGCUUGUGCAGACGGCCGGGCUGGACGCGAACCAAUUGCUGGCCAAUCUGCCACCAGAGACGCAGCAGACUGUGCGGGCGUUCUUUGGAUGA